GUGGAGGAGGGAGGACGUUCGCUCUCGGUCUCUCUCUCGCCUGUGCCACGCCGCCGCCGUCACCGCCCCCUUCUCCGCGCGCACACACAUACACACAAACACGGCCGCUGCACAUACACACACGUACGCACACACACGCGCGCGCCGAUGAUGAUGAUGAUGAUGGUUGUGGAAUGACGUGUCUGUGCCGGGAAUUUUGCCUGAGUGUGACCUGUUUUUGUCGCGUAUAAUACUUGCGGUCAGUGUGGAAAAGAUAGACACAGAGAGAGAGAGAGAGAGAAAAAGAGAGAGAGAGAGAGAUAGAGAGAGAGAGAGGGAGUGAGAAAGAGAAAGAGAGAGAGAGGAGAGAAAAGGAAAAAAAAGGAAGGUGUCGGAAAGAGAAAGAAUAAGAGAAAUAGAAAAAAACAAAGACGAAACACAAGAAAUUUUGAGAAACGUGAUUUUUGAGAAAGGAAAAAGAGGAAAAGGAGGAAAAAAGGUGAUGGGAGUUUUUUUCCUUGUGAGAGUGGAGUGAGAGUGACGAGAGGACACCUCCAUCACCACCACCACCACCACCAAUAUGAUAACACCACCUCCACCACCACCACCAUCCCCACCGUCAUCAUCACCACCACCAUCACCACCACCACCACCACUCAUCACCAACACCACCAACACCAACACGUGGAAGCCCUGACCACCACUGAAGAAGGAGGAGGUGGAGGAGGAGGAGGAGGAGGAGGAGGAGGAGGAAAAAGGAGGAAGAGGAGGAGGAGGAGGAAGAGGAGGAGGAGGAAGAGGCUAAAAUAACAAUCCAAAAAAAGAAAUAAAUGUCAUAUCAAUAAAUAGGAACUUCAUCUAAGAAAGACCCAAUUGGAGGAGGAGGAGGAGGUGGAGGUAGGGGGAGAAGGAGAGGAGGAGGAGGAGGAGGGAGAAGAAAUAGAACCCAACCAUCUCAGCAACGCUUUUGGAUCAAUUCUCGAUAGUCGCUGAAGAAGAAGAAGAAAAAGAAGAAGAAGAAGAAGAAGAAGAAAAGAAGAAGAGGAAUAACUAAUAGAAGAGGAAAAAGAACGAGAAGGGGGCAAGAAGCUGAAAAAAAGAAAUCGGAGUAGAAAAAAAACAAGAAGAAGAACGGGAAGAAGAAAAUAACCAGAAAAAAUAGAAAGAACUCAAAAACUAGGAAAAAAUCAAAAUCAAAAACAAACAAGACAAAGAAAUCAACAAAACAUAAGUAGAAGAAAAACAAAACAAAAAAAAGAGAACUCGAAAAAAAUAGGAGGAAGAAAGGAAGGAAGGAAGAAGGAAAAGCAGGGAUAGGAGGAGGAAGAAGAAAGAGGAAAAGAAACACAAGAAGUACCAAACGAACCUACCUACCUACCUAGCCACCAACGCUCCUAAUCAGUGAUCCCGCGAGGCUACCAAACUCUCCUUCCAAUCACUCGCGCGCAUUCCACCCUCCGCCCCAUGAACAUACCUCGCGCUGACGGCCAAGAUGCGGCGUGACUCUGCCCUUGCUAAGAUCCGGGAGGACGCGUCGAGAGGCUGCAAGGGAGGCGACGCGGCAGAAGAUCGGAUGCUGCGGAAGGGCGAGGAAGAGUAGCAAAACCAGCAAGACCUCAAGAGCACCAGAAGACGAAGAACCUGAAGAAGAGUCGAAGUAGAAGAACGGGCCAUCAGGAGUUCGUCAAGCCAAGAAGAAGAGUGCUGCCUGGUGUUGGUGGUGCUGUUUGAAGAUGAAGAUGAGCAGGACUAUAGUAAUGGAUCGAGGUGGUGGUUUGGGUGGUGUUGGUGAUGUUGUUGGAGAAGGAAGAGGAGGAAGAGAAAGAGGAAGAAGAGGAUCGUGUUUGUGGCGGUUUUGGUGGUGCAGAGCUAUCGUGAUGGUGGCAGUCUUUGCGGGGGGAGGCGGGGGGCGGGGGGUGUCGGCUGGGGGCGUGCUGGGCGGGGGGCUGCAGGCUGUGGUGGGGCCAAGCCUGAUGACACGGCUGGUGGAGACGGAGGCGGUGGCGAGGGUGGCGGCGGCGGCGGAUCGGGAGUGUUGUGGACUGUCCGACCCCACUGCCACGCCUCUUACACGCCACUGGCUCUCCCACCCCCACGCCCACGGCCACACUCACGCCCAUACCACGCCCCCUUCGUCCCCCUCUGGUGACGCCGCCCCCGCUGUGUGUAACGAUAAUUCUCCUGCUGGAUUCUACUUGCGGCGAUCAGUCAAGAGCCGCCGCUGGGUCAUGUUUCUUGAAGGAGGGUGGUACUGCUUCGACCGGGAGAGCUGCGAGCAGAGGUGGCACCGGCUGCGUCCCCUCAUGACCUCGCGGGGCUGGCCGGAGACGAGGACGGCGGGCGGCGUGCUGUCCCCCAAUCCCGAGGACAAUCCGCACUGGUGGACGGCCAACCACGUCUUGGUGCCCUAUUGCUCGUCGGACUCGUGGGCGGGCACAAAGCGGGCGGAGGAGGGCUCGGGCUCAUGGUCGUUCCUCGGCAGCGUCAUAGUGGAGCAGGUCGUCGCGGCUCUCCUGCAGCACAACUUCACCCACGGCCACAAGCUGAUCCUCGCCGGCAGCAGUGCAGGCGGCGUGGGCGUGCUGGUGAACGUGGACCGUGUGGCGCAGCAGCUGGCCCGUCUGGGGGUGCGCGGGGAGGUGCGUGCCGUGGCUGACUCGGGCUGGUUCCUGGACAACGAGCCCUUCAAGCCGCUGCAGUGCGUCGACGCCCACAGCUGCCCACCCGUCGAGGCCAUCAGGCGGGGGCACGAGCUCUGGCAGGGCCGCAUCCCCGAGAGCUGCGGUGCCCUCUACCCGAGACACCCGUGGUUCUGUUACUUCGGGUACCGCCUCUAUCCCACCCUUCAGUCGCCCUUGUUCGUGUUCCAGUGGGUGUUCGACGAGGCGCAGAUGACGGUGGACAACGUGGGAAAGCCGAACUCCAAGCAGCAAUGGGACUACAUCCACGGCACGGGCGAGAGGCUGCGGCGAACCUUGCAGAAUGUGACCGCCCUCUUCGCCCCUUCGUGCAUCAGCCACACCGUGCUCACCAAGAGGAACUGGGCGGCCGUCAAAAUAGGCGACGUGUCCCUCCCUCAGGCCCUCUACUGCUGGGACAUCACACCUUUCGCCACGCUCACCGCCAGGAAACACGCUACAGAAGGCACAGGAGGAGGAGGAGGAGGAGGAGGAGGCAGUAGGGUAGAAGAGGAGGAGGGGGAGGACAGUGUAGUGAGUGCCGUGGAGGAGAGAAUUCAGGAGGAGGAGGUGGAGGUCAGUGCAAACAGGAGAGCUUAUAGACACCAAAAACGCGGUGACAGGAAAACAAAAAGACAAAGACACGCAGGAGGAGGCGAUAGACGGAGGGCGGGAGACAGGAGCAGACGAAGGCGAGGCAAACGGAGGAACAGGAAGAACCGGAGGAGGCCACAGAACAGAACCAGAACACAAUACAGUGCAAGGAACCAAACUGAAGAAGUGAAGGGUGACGCAGUUCGACAAGAGGGCAAUGCAGGGGAGGCAGGGAGUGACGGCAGGGACACAGAAGGGGUGGUUAGUGUUUCUCGGGGGACGGGGAGGCUUGGGGAGCAUAACCUUGGCGGGGAGAUGCUCGCGGACUCACCCGAGAAUCUUCCCCAUGAUCCUCUUAUUGGGGAAUCGAAUGCCAUCGCUAGAACCUCACAGGACACCGCCGCCAGAACCUCUACCCACCGCCCAGGGAACAGGAGAAGGGGUAAGGAGGAGAGGAAGAGGAAAGGGAGGCGGCGCAAGGGGAAGAAGAGGAGCAGGAGUAAGGAGAGGGAGAGGAAAAUGAAGAAACGGGAAAGGAGACGUAAAAGGAAGGAGAGGAGGAGAAGAAAGCUGCAGUUGAAGAAGAGAAAGAAGAAGAGAGAGAGACGACUAGGUGAACGAGAACUGAAUGAGAGCAUGAGGCCGGCCCGUUCCCUGCCCUCCCCCAGCCCGCCCCAGCAGCCCGCAGUCCCCGCCAGUCCUUCCCAGACCCUCGGCACCCCAGUCCCCUUCGGUGGCGUUACGGGGGGCGUGGAGGAAGCCGCGGCGGAAGUGUGGACGGAGGAUCUGUGCCCGGCGCGGAUCCUGCACCUGACGGACCGGUGUGCUUGGCCUCACUGCAACUACGCGUGUCCGAGGCUGCUCAACCCCUUCACUGGCGAGGAGAUGAACUUUACCGAGCUACUGAAGAGCUUCGGCCUGGACAUGGCAAGCGUGGCCUCGGCUCUCGGCAUCGACAUCCACACACUCAACUCGAUGGGCAAUGACGAGCUACUCCUCAUCCUGACCCAGUGACCCGGAGCUAGAGGCUGACCUUUAGCGAGUGACCAAGAGUGAGCCAAAGUGGUUAAAUGUGACAAGAGUGGUGAAGGUUGUGGAAAAAGUGACUUGGAGUGGUAUAGUGUGGGGAAAAAGUGACCUGGAGUGGCUGAUUGUGGUCCUAAGUGACUAAGUGAUAUGGAAACUGGAUGGAAAGGGACGACGCUUUUCCUGCGGACAAUUAUUGUGUGACUUACAUAAUAUGAGUGAGAAAAGAGGGAGACACUGAGUGACCUGAUGUACCCUCUGCGGGCCAUGGAACACCAAAACGGAUGGAAAAUGUGAAAGUGGUCAAAUAUAAUGGAAACAUAAACCAAGUAAUAAACAAGAGGAUACUAACCUGGUCAUACAUUGUGGAAACAUGAUUCAGAAAAGGGAAAAAGAUAUAAAUAGUGAAAAAAGUGUUCAAAUUCAAUGGAAACAUGAUUCACAGUCUGGAAAAAAAUAAAAAUGCAAGUGUUGAAAUAUAAAGGAGACAGGACCCGAAUAUUGCAAAAGAGGUGAAAAAUUAUGUAAAAGAAUCCAAAAUUAGGCAAACGUAAUCACAUGUAGUGCAAAUAGGAUCGUAAGAGACAACAGAGUGUAAACGAGACCCGGAAUCAUACAAAAACGAUCAUAAUAUGUGCAAAACGUGGUCCAAAGUGAUGACAAGUGAUCCCAAGCUAACCCAGAGAGCUGAAGAGUAACGUGACUGAUCCGCAAUUGUAUUUAGUGAUUGAUUCUAACUAUUGAUCCAGCGUGACUCAUAACGACUUAGAUGUGAUCCGUGUGACUUAUGAUCCACCGUUGAUCAAAAGUGACAUAAAUACUUAGUUGAUCAGCUUGGUUCGAAAAUGAUACAAAUUUGGCAGGAAAAAGAUCGGUCGUGGUAGGGACAAAGUGGCGCGCACACACACACACACACACACACACACACACACACACACACACACACACACACAAACACACACACAGCAAAAACAGCAACAUCCUACACAAUUGUUCUAUCGUAAUAUUCUUUAAUCUUUGAAGAAUGUCUGUCUUUGAGAAUAGAAAAAGUGUGAACGUGGAAUAAAGGGGCGUGGUGAGUGAGCGUGUGUGUGUGUGUGUGUGUGUGUGUGUGUGUGUGUGUGUGUGUGUGUGUGUGUGUGUGUGUGUGUGUGUGUGUGUUAUCAAUGUAUAUAUGCAUACCUCAGGCCUUCUGUGGCCAGCGAGUGUGUGUGUGUGUGUGUGUGUGUGUGUGUGUGUGUGUGUGUGUGUGUGUGUGUGUGUGUGUGUUCUUUUUUAUAAUAACGUUAAAAACGCCUCUAAAUAUGUCGUAAGGAUGAGUUACGUGUACAUCGAUUUAGUGACGUAUACCGUUCAAGAUAACUUGGCGAAAAGGCUCCUCCCCAUCACUCCCUUACUGGCUACCUGAUGAACAAGCCCCGUCUCUCCCGCCCCACGACGCCUGUGAUUGGUGUUCGGUGAGGGACGGACGCAUUUGAUUGGCGGGCGCUGAGAUGGGUGGGCGGGGCCUCUUCGCCAUGUUAGGUUGAUCGGACAACAAAAUAUAUAUAGUACCUUUUAUUUUCUUAUGUGCUUUGAGUUGCAUUUCCCGGACUCCCGUUCCUUAAGAUGUUAGUGUGGUUAUUUGUAUUGUAAUGGUAAUGUUAAUGCUUCCUCCCUGUGUUCAUAUCCUUUCUCACUUCAUUCUGUUUACCCUCUUAUCCUUUUUUUCUUUUUUCCCUAGUGAUUGGUCUUCAAGUUCAUUCAUUAUCACUGCUUCUUUUUCUUCUUCUUCUUCUUCUUCUUCUUCUUCCUCCUCUUUUUCUUCUUCUUCUCCUUCUUCUUCUUCUUCUUCUUCUUCUUCUUCUUCUUCUUCUUCUUCUUCUUCUUCUUCUUCUUCUCUUCCUUCUUCUUCCCUUCUUAUUGUCCUCUUCUGUUAUUCUUUUUACCACCACCACCUUCUUUUUUUUCUUCUUCUCCUUCUCCUUCUCCUCCUCCUCCUCCUCCUCCUCCUCCUCCUCCUCCUCCUCCUCCUCCUCCUCCUCAGUACAGACUCAGGCAGCUUCGGCAGGUUGUUUGUGCGUGCGUGCGUGCCUUGCCCUGGGCACGUCGCCCCCCUUAGGCACAUUAUCAGGGCAUUUUUUGUUCGCUAUUGUGAGGUUGACUGUCCUUAGGUAACACUAAUAGUAGUAGUAGUAGUAGUAGUAGUAGUAAUAAUAAUAAUAAUAAUAAUAAUAAUAAUAAUAAUAAUAAUAAUAAUAAUAAUAAUAAUAAUAAUAAAGGAAGAUUAUGAAUUAGAAAAAGUAGUAGUAGUAGUAGUAGUAGUAGUGGUAAUAGUAGUAGAAGAAGAACAAGAACAAGAAGAACAAGAACAAUAUUCCAAACAACAAUAGUUAUUAUUUUUAUUAUUUCUUAUCAUUAUGACAUCGGGUAACGCAGAUGAAUUACAAUAAUUUGUGAAGCUAAACGUCAAAAUCCAUGAUAAGUGUGGCCAUGAGUUUAGUGAACAGAUUAGUAAACUUACGAAAUUACACAUACUGAAGAAUGUACGGCGAGGUUUAUGGAAAAGGAAGGAUACCACACUUAAAACAAAAAUCACCACCACCACCACCACUUCCUCCUCCACACUCACCUCCAUCAUCGCAUUUGAUUGGCGGGAGCUGAGAUGGUGUGGGCGGAACCUCUUCGCCAAGUUAGUUUGAACAGAAUACAAAAAAAUAAAUUAAGAGGAAAAUUGGAAGCAGUUUUAUGGGUUGUUAUUAUCAUUAUUAUCUUUAUCAUUAUUAUUACUAUUAUUAUUAUUAUUAUUAUUAUUAUUAUUAUUAUUAUUAUUAUUAUUAUUAUUAUUAUUAUUACUGUUUUUAUUAUUAUUAUUAUUAUUAUUAUUAUUAUUAUUAUUAUUAUUAUUAUUAUUAUUAUUAUUAUCUGUACAUCAAUAAUUUCUAAGUGUUAUUCUUCCAAAUGAAUGAUUAUUUUAUUAUUAUUAUUAUUAUUAUUAUUAUUAUUAUUAUUAUUAUUAUUUUUAUUAUUAUUAUUAUUAUUAUGGACUGUACAUUUAUAUUUUCUUAGCGUUUUCCAAAUUAAUCGUUAUUAUUAUUAUUAUUAUUAUUAUUAUUAUUAUUAUUAUUAUUAUUAUUGUUAUUAAUAUUAUGAUCAUUAGCUGUCCACAUUCACUUCUUAUUAGUGUUGUCGUUGGUGUGGUCUGCGCGUGACACCGUAUCUACCUCAGUUCACAAGUUCUCUUUCCUUUUCUCAGUCAGUGGUCGGCAAAACUAAUUAGUGACGCGUGGAGGCGGUGCGGGCAGGUAGGAAGGCAGGUAAAUAGGUAGGUAGGCAUACGGAAAAAACAAAUAAAGUGUGCUC